AUGUACAACAUGUCUAAAUGCCCUGCCGACCCCUAUAUGAACUGGGAAUUCGACUUUGAUGCCCUCGAUAUCUAUGCCAUCUAUGUUUGUGCUUCCCCUAACAACAACAACGUAGUCGUCGCCAACCUGACUCUAGUCUAUGCUUUGCUGUCCCUGAGACUACAUUAG